AUGGUGUUGGGACCCGCCUCCGGCUGUGUUGCUUCCGUCGCGCCGGGCGCGGGCUCCGAGGCCGCGGGAAUGAACUCCGAGGCGCCGGCCCUGGGCACCGCGGCGGCGGGGAUGGGCUCCGAGGCGCCGGCCCUGGGCAGCGCGGCGGCGGGGAUGGGCUCCGAGGCGCCCGCCCUGGGCUCCGCGGCGGCGGGGAUGGGUUCUGAGAUGGCGCGGCUGCUGGAGGCGGUGGACUUUGCAGCCAGGAAACACAAGGCGCAGCGGCGGAAGGAUCCCGAGGGCACCCCCUACAUCAACCAUCCCAUCGGCGUCGCCAGGAUCCUGGCGCAUGAGGCCGGCGUGACGGACAUAGUGGUGCUGCAGGCCGCCCUCCUGCAUGACACAGUGGAGGACACAGACACCACGUUCUCCGAGAUCGAGGAGUGGUUCGGCGCAGAGGUGCGGCACGUGGUGGAGGAGGUGACGGACGACAAGACGCUGCCCAAGACCGAGCGGAAGCGGCUGCAGGUGGAGCGCGCACCCCUUUGCAGCCGCCGGGCCAAGCUGGUCAAGCUGGCGGACAAGCUGUACAACCUGCGGGACCUGAACCGCUGCACGCCGCAAGGGUGGUCGGCGGAGCGCGUGCAGGAGUACUUCCGGUGGGCGGCGCGCGUGGUGUCCGGGCUGCGCGGGACCAGCGCGGCCCUGGAGGGGGCGCUGCAGCGCCUGUUCGAGCAGCGCGGCGUGGCCGCGUGACCGCCGGGGCGGGCCGGCCGGGCGGGGCGGGG